CCCAGAUGUCAAUAGGUGAAAAGUACCAUCCAAUAAAUAUUUGAUUCAACCACCGGUCGUUUGCUUCGUCUUUCUGCGGCUGCCGGAGGAUAUCUGCUCCGACGUAACGUCUCCGCCGUGGAUGAGUCAGUUAUCUUCAUCCACUACCGGAGUUACCAGCCGCGGUCGUGACGACGUCCUAGAUUAUAGCUGUAGAUCAAUGGCGGACCAAGGUUUGCCGGACUUCCUUUUGCCUCCAUCGGGGAAAGAGGUUGAUGACGGUGUUUUUGUUGCCAACGAUGUAUCGAAUCUUCCAGACGCUUGUUUGGCUUCAAUUUUUCAUUUCCUUGGACCUGGAGAUCGGAAACGGUGUUCGCUCGUUUGCCGGCGGUGGCUUGACGUCGAGGGGCAGAGUCGUCACCGUCUCUCCCUUAAUGCCCAAUCGGACCUCCUUUCUGUCGUGCCAUCUCUUUUUUCUCGAUUCGACGCCGUCACGAAACUCUCCCUCAAAUGCGAGCGUAGAUCGGUGAGCAUCGGCGAUGACGCUCUCAUCCUAAUAUCUCUCCGCUGUCAAAACCUCACCCGUCUCAAGCUCCGAUCGUGCCGACAGUUGACAGAUUUAGGCAUGGAGAGCUUCGCGAAGAAUUGUAAGAAAUUGAAGAAGCUUUCGUGUGGAUCGUGCACUUUUGGUGCUAAAGGAAUGAACGCUGUAGUCGAUAAUUGCUCAUUGUUGGAAGAAUUAUCGGUGAAGCGGUUACGUGGCCUCGCCGAUGGAGCCUCGACGGAGCCGAUUAGGCCUGGUUUAGCAGCAGCAUCUCUUAAAAUUAUCUGUUUGACGGAUCUCUACAACGGACAAUGCUUUGGACCGCUCAUAAUGGGAUCAAAAAAUCUAAGAACCCUAAGGCUUUUCAGAUGUUCUGGAGAUUGGGAUAACCUUCUGGAAGUUAUCACCAACAACGUUAAGCCAUUGGUUGAGGUGCAUCUGGAGCGUCUCCAGGUGACCGAUAUUGGCCUUGCAUCCCUUUCCAAUUGUCGAAAUCUAGAAAUCCUUCGCCUUCUAAAAACACCCGAUUGUUCUAAUUUAGGAUUAACAUCUGUCGCACAGAAAUGCAAGCUAUUGAGAAAACUUCAUAUAGAUGGAUGGAAAACCAACAGAAUCAAUGAUGAAGGUUUGAUUGGAGUUGCUAAAUAUUGUCUUAAUCUUCAAGAACUUGUUCUUAUUAGUGUCAAUCCUACUUCUUCUAGUCUAGAACGAUUGGGUUCAAACUGUCGGAAAUUAGAGAGAUUGGCACUUUAUGAAAGUGAAACAAUUGGGGAUGCUGAGAUAUCUUGCAUAGCUGCUAAAUGCACAGCUUUAAGGAAGCUAUGUAUCAAGAGUUGCCCUGUAUCUGAUCAUGGAAUGGAAGCAUUGGCAGUUGGGUGCCCAAAUUUGGUGAAGAUUACGGUGAAGAAAUGCAAAGGAGUAACGUAUGAUGGUGCUGGGUGGUUGAGGGCCAGUAAGGAAUCGUUGGCUGUUAACAUAGAUGCGUGUUCAAGGUGCAGCUAGCGAUCUUCAAGCUGCUAUUAAUGCUGUCGAUCAACAUCACUCCUAAAUUAGCCAAAUUCUGGAUAUUUAGGUGUCAAUUGUAUAUGGACGUGGGGAUUAUGUGAGACCGGACUGUUUUUAAUUUUUUUAUACUUGAAACUUCACAGCAAAAUACUGUGAAGAUACCCUUCAUG